AUGGCUGCGUUGACGCGUCCAUUGGCCAACCUUUCCCUCGCGGGAAAUGCGGUGGCUAAGCAGGGAAGCCAUGGACCGUUGCAAUCAGAGCUGCUCGGGUCCCCCGUCCUUUCCUCGACCAGUCCAGCCGCUCCCAUUCAGGCAGGCUGCGAAGGAACGGUUAAAAUCUCGUGCAGGGUACAGACCGGUCCUGUCACCGCAAGGGCUAGCCUAACCAGCAAGAGCAGCCGAGCGACGUCGUCCGCGCGUCGCAACGUCGUCGCGCACUCUCGCAAGAGAAUGUUCGACGAUCCGUUCGAUUACGGCGAGGAUCCAGAUUUGGAGUACGGAGAUCUGCUGUCGUCAGGCAAGCAAGACGCCGUCGACCCUCGUCCCCCCACCGACACCUCCUCCAACGAAGGCUGGCUUAAGUUCCCGCCUGGCCACAACCCGGAGAUUGCGUCGCUCGGGUUGUACAUUCGCGACGAUGUGCGAAGCUGUGCGAUCCUCGUCGCCGGCGGCGUGUACGAGAACCUUUUGUUUUUCCCGGUGAUUUCGUUGCUGAAGGAGAAGUACCCUGGCGUGAAGAUCGACGUGGCGGCUCCGCCACGUGGCAAGCAGACAUACGAGAUCAACAAGAACGUACGACGCGCGUGGGUGUACGACCCUGAAGAUCCGUUCGUGACUCCCGCCGAAUACACCGAGUUCCUCGGCAAGCUCAAGAACGAGGCGUACGACCUGGUGCUGUCAACGAGACUGGCCGGUCUUGGUCACGCGAUGUUCCUCUUCCUCUCCGACGCGCGUCAGCGCGUGUCGUACGUGAACCCCAACGCCAGCGGCGCGGGCGCGGGCGUGUUCCUCUCGACCGCCGUGCGCACGGAGAAGGAGAACCUCGCGGAGGACGGCGCCCACAUGUACAAGGAUUUGGUCGAUCUCCUCUUGGAGCCGGUGCGGGGAGGCCCAGCGCUCUACCUGCCGCCGCUGCAGGUGAACCUGCCGCGCAAGGUGCGCAAGGUGACGCGCGAGAAGACGGCCGCGGCGGGCGUGGCGCCGGGCGCGUACACGCUCGUGCACGGGGUGGAGUCCUCGUCUGCUGCUUCCAUGCGCUCACGCGGAGACACCGACAGCGCUUUGUCUCUGGCACUCCUUGCGGAAAUCGCCAAGAGCGUGAGUGGCGACCUGCUGGUGGUGGUGCCCAACGAUGCGGAUCAAGGCAAGGUGCAGAGCGCUGUGCCCUCAGCCAAGAUCGUCAAAAUCACCACUCCGGGCCAGCUUGCUGCUGCCAUUGACGAUGCAGCUGCUGUCGUCACAACCAACACUGCUGCUGUGCAACUCGCCACCGCUCUCAGAAAGCCAAGUGUGGCGCUCUUUGGCUCGUCGGACAAGGCUGCUCGGUUCGUUCCCAAUGCUGCUGACCGCAAGUGCACAGUCGUCGCAUCUGCAACCGGCAGUCUUGCCGGUAUCAGUGCCAAGGAAGUUUCUGCUGCUGUUGCAUCCCUCCCAGCCUCUGCUGCUGCCCAGAUCGCGUGGAGCCGCGCGGGAGGAUGGAGCCAAGGAGCGGCGAAUCUACGGUCGUCGCGCCGUCUAAACGGACGCGGUAUAGCCGGCUUCGAUUCCAGUCGCUUUGCGAGGCGAGGCCGGCAGCAAGAUAGAGAAAUGGGGAUCCGGUCCGCCGUGAUUCUCGACGACGUUCCACACAUUUCCGAAUGGAUUCCUGGCCUUCAGAUGUACAAUAAUCCGCUACUUCGAAGCCCUAAUCGACCUGAGAACUACUUCGUGGACAGUGAGGACGUUGUCUGCCAGAAGGCGCUCAUCAAGACGGGCAGUGUGGACGACAUUCGAGUCUUCCGUCGUUCCGGACCACGCGAGAAGGUGGCCUUCCAGCCUCAGGACGUGCGAGCGGCCAUUGUCACAUGCGGAGGCCUGUGCCCCGGGCUCAACACGGUCAUUCGCGAGCUCGUGUGGGCGCUCUGGUUCCGCUACGGCGUGCGAAGCAUCUCCGGCAUUGAUGGCGGGUACCGGGGCUUCUACAGCCGCAACCUGCUGCAGCUGGACCCGUGGAAGGUGAACGACAUCCACAAGCGCGGAGGCACCUUCCUGGGUACUUCCCGAGGCGGGCAUGACUCCACCAAGAUAGUCAACUCCAUUGAAGACCGCGGCAUCAACCAGCUUUACAUCAUAGGAGGGGACGGCACGCAGCGAGGCGCAGAGAUCAUCUAUGAGGAAACCAGGAGGAGGGGACUCAAGGUGGCAGUAGCGGGAAUCCCCAAGACGAUAGACAACGACAUUGCAGUGAUUGACCGGUCGUUUGGGUUCGACUCGGCUGUGGAGGAGGCUCAGCGGGCCAUCAGCGCUGCGAGGGUGGAGGUCACGAGCACUCACCGGGGCGUGGGGCUAGUGAAGCUCAUGGGGCGAUACUGCGGUCAAAUCGCCAUGCAUGCCACUCUUGCGAGCCGUGAUGUGGACUGCUGCCUCAUCCCGGAAGUCCCUUUUCAUCUGGAGGGCGAGGGCGGGCUGUUUGAGUUCAUGGAGAGGAAGCUCUACGAGAACGACCACUGCGUAAUCGUUGUGGCUGAGGGCGCGGGGCAGAGCCUGGUGGCUCAGAGCUUGCCGGGUGGGGCGGGCACGGACAAGUCGGGGAACGCUUUGCUGCUGGACGUGGGGCUGUGGCUGUCGGAACGCAUCAAGGAGCACUUCAACGCGGACAAGAAGAGCGAGAUCAGCCUCAAAUACAUCGACCCCACGUACAUGAUCAGAGCAAUCCCAGCGAAUGCUGGAGACAACAUCUACUGCACGCUGCUGGCACACGGGGCCAUCCACGGCGCCAUGGCGGGUUACUCGGGCUUCGUGGUGGGGCCAGUCAACGGCACGCAGUGCUACAUCCCCGUCAAUCAAGUGACGGCCCCCAAGUCAGUGGCCCUCACUGAUCGCAUGUGGGCACGCCUCCUCUCCUCCACCUCCCAGCCCACCUUCAUGCGCGUCAGCCAAUCCGCUGCUGCCACAUCACAACCCGGGGCAAAUGCUGACGGUGUGCCGGCGAUGCCUGACGAGGCACGGCCUGUGGAUCAUAAGCACAGGCAUGGAGGGCAUAAUCUGACACGAGCCUGGAAAGCAGCACACGUGCGUGGCGAGGAGUCGGGCACAAAUACCGCGUCUGCGUCGCCGCUGAUCCCGCGAUGGAUUUCGGGACGCGCAAACGACGCGCAACCAAGCGACGCGAAAGCGAUCGCAAGCGACGCUGAACGACGGCACACAGCGACGACGCGUGUCGCGGAGGGCGAUAAAGGCGGCGCUUCCGGACUCGCAGACCGAAUGCGGUGUGCGACAUGCGGCAGUCGCAUGGACGCGUCGCACAUGGUCGCAUCGGUGUCGUCGGCUCCACAACCACCGGGUCUCCUCCACGUGUCGCCGCGAGACGUCCCUGUUCUGACCCUCGGCUUCGUCGCAUGCUCGAUCUCCGCAGCGCUCUCCGGCAUAAUCUUCGCCGCGAUUCCCGCGCUCCUGGCGGUGCGGAAGGCGGCACAGGCAGUGGAGCGGCUGGCAGCGACGGCGAGGGAGGAGCUGCCAGGGACGAUGGCAGCAGUGAGGCUGUCAGGCAUGGAGAUCAGCGACCUCACCAUGGAGCUCAGCGACCUCAGCCAUGAGAUCUCUCAGGGAGUGCGCAGCCCUGCACGGACCUCCCGUCUUGCCGCCAGCACCAGCAACACGAAGGCCAAGGAGCAGCACACUGCUGGUGAGCGCUGUGACCGUACUGGUCUGGUGCAUGCAUCAAAUGCUGCUUCUGUUGCUUCUUCCUCCCUCCCCCCAGACUCCCUCAAGGACGCCACGGUGAUCCCCAUCCGCGUUGUAAGCCCUCUCUUCUCCUCCGCUGCCGGCGCGGUCGGCGCCGCCGCCUCCACAGUAACGUCCACAGUCGGAUCUACAGUGUCUCACGUGGGCGGCACAGUCGGGGCGGCGGCGUCGCACGUGGGCGGUGCAGCGGCUCACAUUCCCUCGGUGGUAUUCAACCUCGUGGAUUUCCUGCCGUGGGGCCACAGGAGAGGCGGUGAGGGAGUAUCCGACGGGGAAGUAAAAGAAGACGAGAAGGAUAGCCUUCGCGUCGCGAUGCAAUCGCGGGACGCGAAUGUUCCCGUCUACCGGCGAGUGCUCGGCUCCGCAUUUCUCCCGCCGGCAGAGCAGCAGCAGCACGGCGUGGAGUGGCCAACGCGGUUGCGCCACGUGUACUUAGUCGGCGUCAUAGUCGACGUGGAUAAGCUCCCCUAUAAGUUCGUCCGAUUCGCCUUAGAUGACGGCAGCAUGACCGCCGCCACCGGCGCUCGCCCCGCCCCUUCUCCCGCCCCGUCGUCCGCCCCCCCGCCCACCGCCUCCGCCCGUGUCUCCGCCCCUUCGGCUACUGUGACACCCCCAGCGCCACUUACGGGCGCGUUACCAGCCGCCGCGCCGCAACUGUCCACCGUCUGUGCCACGCGGCCUGUGCGCGCAGUGCCAUGUGUGCUGUGGCUCAACAGUCGCGAUUACGUGGAGCGCCACGUGGCGAUGCUGCAGGCAGCCACGUGUGUCCAUGUGGGCGCGCUGGUGGGCGUGCGGGGGAGAGUGACGUUGUUCAAUGGACGGAGGCAAGUCAAGGUGGACGCGGUGUACGCGAUAUCAGAUCCCAACGAGGAGAUAUUGCACUGGCUAGUCUGUCUCGAGGCUGCACGCCGGAGCUGGGGGCGUGGUGACUGA